GCCACAUAUACUUACUGAAACCUGUGUGAAACGAAAUUAGGGUUGUAAUUGAAUGAAGGAAUGAAUUUCUUUAUGUAGAAAAUUAAAUGGCUUGUGGUGAUAGGUUCAUAACGCCGAAUGGUAAUCGGUGAUGGCAACGCAGGGUUGUAUAGGAGGUAAAAAGCGUACUGAAAAUCGAGACGACAUUCGUACACAGCAUUCCAAGAGAUUAUUUACCUAAAUUAUUAUAAAUAAAAUAACGUCAGUGCAUCCGGAAGUUGACGGAGCCAUUGUGCUCCCCUCAUGGUUCGCCCGCUGAGAGAAAUAACUAUGAAUAAAUAAAAAGAGCUUGUUCUCUUUUCGCAGUGGAAUGCAGUGACUCCCUUUGCUCCCUUUGACGUCACUAACUGUUUUGUCGCCGUGUGCAGUGUGGCCGGACGAACCGCUUACGCCGGUCAGCGCGAAUAUCGGAUCGGGCGCGAGGUGUACGCUCUGUUUUCCCUUGUCACUAAAGGUCGGAGUCCUUACUCUCGCAAAUUUUAUUUCGCCUUUUCUGAAUACGAUGCUGCGACAAAAGAGCAUGGCGACAUUUCACACACGGAGUCACAAGUGGAAGAAAGCGAUGCGACGUCCAGUUCUGGUUAAACGUCACGCACUCCUGCUGUACAAGAAUAUAGAAGACCGUGACGUUUGAGCGGAGCAGUGGCACGAAAAGCAAGUAUAGGCCUAUAGCGGCGGAAUCGAAAAGAACACGCUAUGCGUAUGCCUUCGAUUCUUAUCCACGUGGCCUGUUUAUUAGUGUGGUCAACGACAUGACCGAACAGUGAACACUGGAGAUGUUUUGCCUCAUAUUGAAAUUACUUCUGAGAGUUUCCACUAUACGUUCCCCCAGAGAGGUGUCAGCGAAAGAAAGGGGAAAACAAGAGCUCUUAACAAAGUGUGUGAUCCUUCAAAUAUUGUUAUCAGGUGACAGUAAUAAUAUUUGUCGUUCAAAUAAGGAGGAAGGCGAGGCUACGAAUGGCCAACAACGCCCACUCCGGGACUUUUGCAGGUGCAGCGAACCCAUGCAUCGCGUUCAUGCUUUGUCAACACGGAAGCACGAGGUCACAGGGGUCCUCAUGUCAUGGCUUUGUCGCGGGAACGUGGCCACCAUUUCCGGAACUUCCUUCUUCACAGCACUGUUGCCGUGGCUUUAUAGGAGGCGUUGCUUCAGAUGAUCCUCUUUUGCAGGAUCCACAUACUAGACACUCGUGUACGUCCUGCACAGGGCAGAUACAUUUGCAGCAGGUACCUGUUUUACUAUUUCGAUAACUCUUACGAAUAAUGUAGUUCGUGGGGCGCAGAUUGCCGUGUCAUGAACCGAGGUCACGUGUACUUGGUCGAGGUGACGACGACGAAGAAGAAGAAGUUCGAGAGGUUGGUACAGCCGCUCAUCUUUCCCUGUGAGCUGUUCAUUCUUACUGCUCCGGCAAUGAAUGCACUGCAAGCCCUUGUAAUCUCGGCUUGUGCUGCAAUAGGUGCGUCCCAAUGGCCUUGCCCGCUAGAGGCCGAGCAGUGUAGCAGCUGGUGCCAGGAUCACGGCUGCCUCGACGGUCAGUGCACGUGCGGAGUCUGGGACGGCUGCCACUGCACCGGAUGUUGCACCGAAGUGCCCAAGGUGGACUGCGUGGACAUUAACUGCGUCGAGGCUGCCAAACCACGCGGAGUGUGCGUGCAGGACACCUGCCUACCCGACAUCAACGACCCCUACUGCCACGACUAGUGACCGCCCAAUUAGAUAAAUUUAUAGGAGAGCGAUUUUCGAAAAGCAAGGCGACGCGAAAGGACGUGGAGCACGUUCAGUAAAAAGGAUUAGAUAACGCGUUCAGUAAAAAUGUAAUAAAGACCCAUGCAGAUGAAACGAACAUGUUGGAAUCAGUGUUUUUGUGGGCUUGUUGCCGAAUAACGCGAUGUUCACGUCUAUUGCAAGAGUAUAACGGAGCAGAAGCGCUAUAAUACGAACAAGAAUAUGAUGAAAACUUGAGCGGAUGUAUGUAGGUUUCUCAGUGUGGUUUGUUGGUGCUCGCUGACGACACAUCGAUCAAUGUGCAUUGGAGCCACACACCUUGUUGGUGGGACACGGCCGCGGCUCUCAUGUCGCGAGAUUUGCUGCUUAAAAAAGCGUUUGUCGUGUCGUUUUUGUUCUUGUUGCGGUUGCUUUUUAAGGCAAUCAUGUGAAUAGAAAUGAAUGUGUCUCCUACUUAAGCAGGAAUAAUGGUGGCCAUCUAUAAUUUGGACUGCCCGACGAGUAGUCGGACAGU